CAGUCAUUUGUCAUCGAAAUUUUCAAGUGUAACGUCGUCAUAAAAGAAUUAUUAACAACAGUACUCCACGAUAAGUCACUAUGUCUCGCCCUUUCUUUUCGAAAUGUUGUUCACUUCUGAGAGAGGUCCAUAAGCACUCUCAGGCAGCUACCCAAGAAACUAUUAAACGAUCGGUAAGCUUCACCGUCAAAAAUCUCACGGAAUUCAAUGAAAAGGUGAAGAACAGCAAACAACCAGUUAUUGUGGAUUUCUGUGCAACAUGGUGCAAACCCUGUGAAAAACUUACACCACGAAUUGAAUCAGUUAUAGCAGAGAAGAAGGGCAAAAUACUACUUGCUAAAGUGGAUGUUGAUGAAAACACUGAUCUUGCCAUGGACUAUGAGGUCGGCAGUAUACCAUCCCUCAUAGCCAUUGAAAAUGGGAAGGUAAAAGAAAGGCUAGAUGGGCUACAAAACACUGAGAAACUAAGAAGUUUUGUUGAUAAAAUCUGUAAGACAGAAAAGGCUGAUGAAUGAAAAAUUAAGAGAAUUAUAUAUACCACUGCAAGGCUUGAGCUUUCAAAACUUCUAAACAAAUCCAUGUAUAAGUAAUUAUUAAAAAGCAUAUUCAAAACAUGA